CGCCUCUGCCACCGCCCCAGGGAAGACCUCGCACAGACGUUGGAGUCAGUGAUCUCCAAGCACCUUCCGGUCUUGGAGCCGAGUUCCAUGACUUGGCGGUUCCCAGCUUAGGCAACCCACGAGUCAGCGAGCAAUUAUUAAGCGCCUCCUCUGUGGCACGCACUGUGGCCCGCCGUGGCCACCGAGGAUGGGGACUUACCCGGUCCCCAGCCCCCACCCACCUCCAGCUUCCUCUCCCGCAGCAGAGGAAGGAUGUGGCCACAGACAGUAACUAGUGGGGUCAUGGCUAUCAAACGGCCAAAGCAGGGGAUCGGCGUCCAGAAUCUUCUAGAGAAAGCUGCAGAGCGGCUGAAGUCCGUCACGCCUGUGAAGUUUAACAUCUCCAGCCGAACGGACACUGGUGUCCACGCCCUCGGGAACUCUGCCCAUCUAGACAUUCAGCGCCUGACUGGCCGACCCCCUUUCUCACCUGACAUCCUCACAUUAGCCCUCAAUAGACACCUUGAGCACCCUGACAUUAGGGUGAUUCGAGCUUUUCGGGCCCCCGAUGACUUCCAUGCUCGCUUUGAAGCCACAUCAAGGACCUACCUGUACCGGGUGGCAACCGGCUGCUCCCUGGACACGUUCUCUGUGUUUGAACGGAACCUGUGCUGGGCACUGGGGACCGAUCAUCUGGAUGUGGCAGCCAUGCAGGAGGCUGCCCAACAUCUCCAAGGCACCCACAACUUCCAGGCCUUUAGGUCAGCAAGUGAGGAUAACUGGCAAAACCCUGUCAAGACACUGCUCCGGGCCUCUGUGGUCCCUGCACCAGCCAGCCCCUUCACCCAUCCCCAGGAGAAGAGGAAGGUGCAGUUUUGGGACAUAGAGUUUGAGAGCAAGUCUUUCCUGUAUAAACAGGUGCGGAGGAUGACCGCAUGCCUGGUGGCAGUGGGGUUGGGGACCUUGACCCCUUCCCAGGUGAAGGAAAAGCUGGAGAGUCAGGACCCGCGGAGUGGCCCUGGAUUACUGGUGGCCCCUGCCCAGGGCCUGUUCCUGAAAUCUGUGCACUAUGAAGGCCUUGACUGGGGCCCUGGCAAGGACUGGUACAAUCGCCCAUCUGUCUCAAGAGGCUGCAGUCCAGGAGAUGUGCCAGAGGGGCCUGUGCUCUGACUGGACCGGGGAUUGCCCCAAGAUAUGGUUUGGGCAAAUAAAGGGGAGACAUUUGGACUGUC